AUGUUUACGUAUGACUUAACCGGCCCUCGCAUAGCAGCAGCACCCGCAAGACCUUUUGUCUCGGGAAUCAUGUCCAACGAGAACACGAUUUAUGAUCAGAGAGCCAAUAUCGCCGCUGAAGCAAAUCAAGCCACACAUCGCACCGUUCGCAAUCAUCGAAUCAUGGCCAACGAACAUGGCGCAUCUCUUUUCGAGUCGCUGGAACAGAUGAAAGAAGAAAUCAGGGACCUUCGCCAAGAGCUUCACGAUGUAAAGAGAGAGCUUCACGACGUCAAGAUAGAGCUUCACGAUGUAAAGAGAGAGCUUCACGACGUUAAGAUAGAGCUUAGUGAAGUCCGAGAGUCAGUGAUGAAUAUCAGCACGUUUUUACGUGAUCAUGUUGCCGGGUUCAACAGAACACACAGAAAACGCAUCUGCAUCUUGAAUUCAUCAGAUUUUCAUGGUGAUGACGCUCUGCUAGAUGCUUCUAUGUUCCUGUCACGACGAGAUGACUGUCCAGAAGAGCGACGCCUCUUUCAACGAAUCUAUGGCCUAAGUGCUGAGAAGCUCCAAGAAUUCCGGUCUGCUGCACACCCAUCUAUUCUCCGUGUGUUAAACACUAUUGGCUACGCCCACCUGUCAGGUAAAGUCGCCCCCAGGGAGGAAAAGCUGGAGACAACAUUCGACCGUGUCGUGGAGUUGGUGGAAAAUGGAGAGAUUGAGGAGGCAGAGAGGCUUGCAAGCGCACUCUCUUCGAACGAUUUCUCUUACCAAUGCGAUGAGUAA